AUGCAUGCAAGUAAACAUAUCAGCAUGGUUCAACGACCUGAAAAAUCACCUGCCAGCAUUUUUCCUUCACUUUCGUUUGAGAGGGACUCGGAAGGACAAGUGCAGGCAAAUAUUCCAAGCAUGAUGACCGCAGAAAUCAUCAUGACCCUCGAAGGAGAUCUUAAGACCGAUAUCAUGGCAGAUGAAGCCAUUUGCAUCUUGGACAACGCCAUCCUGACAGGCUGCUGCAAGUGUGCAAAAGGUGCAAUUGCUCGAGUAAUAUGCACGUCGUCAAAAAGGAGCCAGGCAGAACUAACGUGUGAUACCACAAGUUUCACAAUUGAGUAUGGCCCAUAA